AUGGUCGAGUUCUUAAUCAUGACGGACUCCAGCGUCCUCAAGGUCCAGUACCUCACUGCCUACUACCCCGUGUCCGCUGCCCAAACUCACCAUCUUGGUACCCUCAUAUCAGGAGGGGAUUUCAAAUCGACCGAUCGGCAGUCGCCUUCCAGCGCUCUGGCAUCUGGGACGUGUUCGGACAGACAGUCGGGGACUCUCAGUCAAUCAACCAAUCAAACUGUCACUCUUCCACCGAGCAUGAACAUCAAUCGGCGGCGAUCAUCUUGGCUAACAUGA